AUGCCUAAUUUCACGGAUGUGACAGAAUUUACUCUCCUGGGGCUGACCUGUCGUCAGGAGCUACAGGUUCUCUUUUUUGUGGUGUUCCUAGCGGUUUACAUGAUCACUCUGUUGGGAAAUAUUGGUAUGAUCAUUUUGAUUAGCAUCAGUCCUCAGCUUCAGAGUCCCAUGUACUUUUUCCUGAGUCAUCUGUCUUUUGUGGACGUGUGCUUCUCCUCCAACGUUACCCCCAAAAUGCUGGAAAACUUAUUAUCAGAGACAAAAACCAUUUCCUAUGUGGGAUGCUUGGUGCAGUGCUACUUUUUCAUUGCCGUUGUCCACGUGGAGGUCUAUAUCCUGGCUGUGAUGGCCUUUGACAGGUACAUGGCCGUCUGCAACCCUCUGCUUUAUGGCAGUAAAAUGUCCAGGACUGUGUGUGUUCGGCUCAUCUCUGUGCCUUAUGUCUAUGGAUUCUCUGUCAGCCUAAUAUGCACACUAUGGACUUACGGCUUAUACUUCUGUGGAAACUUUGAAAUCAAUCACUUCUAUUGUGCAGAUCCCCCUCUCAUCAAGAUUGCCUGUGGGGGAGUGCACAUCAAAGAAAUCACAAUGAUUGUUAUUGCUGGAAUUAACUUCACAUAUUCCCUCUCGGUGGUCCUCAUCUCCUACACUCUCAUUGUAGUAGCUGUGCUACGCAUGCGCUCUGCCGAUGGCAGGAGGAAGGCGUUCUCCACCUGUGGGUCCCACUUGACGGCUGUUUCUAUGUUUUAUGGGACCCUCAUCUUCAUGUAUCUCAGGAGACCCACUGAAGAAUCCGUAGAGCAGGGCAAAAUGGUGGCUGUGUUUUACACCACAGUAAUUCCUAUGUUGAAUCCCAUGAUCUACAGUCUGAGAAAUAAAGAUGUAAAAGAAGCAGUCAACAAAGCAAUCACCAAGACAUAUGUGAGGCAGUAA